UCGGCGGCAAGCUGUAGGCGAUUGGGCCGCGCGCAACGCGUCACCAUGCCGACCACACCGCGGGGACGGCGACACCACUGUGAGCCCCGGCACUGACAUGCGGCAUGUGGCCUGGCUACUGCUGUUGGUUAUGGCCACCAUUUACGUACAAGCCGGUGAGACGGACAUGACAUGGGAAGAGUACAAGGCAAAGUACAAGAAGUCGUACGCGAACGCCGAGGAGGAGGAGAAGCACCACCAGAGCUUCCUGGCGUCACUCAAGCACGUGGAGGCCCACAACCAAAAGCGCGCGCGCGGCGAGGUUUCCUACUCCAUCGGCAUCAACCAGUUCUCGGACCAGGAUCGAAGCGGGUCGAAGCCAUCUGACACGGCUGCGCCUGAGGACCAGACCAGGAACAUUGGUCCUUCCCACAACGAAAGCGCCGCUGCAUAAGUUCAACGCGAACAGGAUCAUCCACUGGCUGACCGGACGCAAGCACGGCGGUGAACCAGCCUCAACCGCUGCUGCAGCUCACGGCGUCGCUUCCAAAGUUACGUCGGACCGGCGCUGGCGCCACCGUCCCCAUGCAUCCUAGCGGGGACAGCUGGGGCGCCUUCAUAAAACAUGCCCGCUCGGCUCGAGGGUGAAAGUUGCUGGCCUGCCAUCGCCCCUCCGUCAAGCGGGGUCGCUAAACCAGCUGACUUCGGGAGCCUAGUGGAGCGGCUGGGUCCAGCAGGGCAGUGACAGCAAAAAAAAGAAAAAAACAUCCGAAAAAACAUGUUUUUUCCGUCGUCGUUCCUAAAAAAAAUCGCCGACAAUGCUUGCUGCGAUGAUUAUUAAUAUCCGUGACAUAAAUGACUGCGAAAACCUGA